UCCUUCCGCGCAUGCGCAGCCAGUUCCCGGGCUCCCUGACAGCGUCCGCCGCACCGAGGAAGAGAAGCGGCCGGAGGCUCCGAGGAGAGGAGCGGAGGGUCCCGCUAAGCUGAAAGAGGGAAGGCCUGACACGCUGGGGCCCCAUUGACAUGGCUGGGUGACGGCAGGGGCCCCGCCAGCGCCAGGAGCUUGCAGGAGAGGUGAGGCCUGGGAGAUGGUGGAUAUUGGUGGCGCUGCCUCUGGAGAAAGCACCAGAAGAAAAAUGGAACCCUUUGUGGACUCUACAGAGGAGGUUGUACCGCUUGAAAUGUAUGAUUCCUUCAGGUCUAAAAUUGCUGCUAAUUUACAAUGGAUUUUUGCGAAGGCUUAUGGAGUUGAUAAUGUUCCAGAGGAACUGAAGGAGCCGUUUUACAUUGACCAGUAUGAGCAGGAGCACAUCAAACCACCUGUCAUCAAGCUUCUACUCUCCAGCGAGCUAUAUUGCCGUGUCUGCGGCCUUAUCCUCACAGGGGAUCAGGUGGCUGCCUUGCAGGGCCACCAACCCGUCAUCGAGGCUUUGUCUCAGAAAGGGAUUUAUGUCAUGGAGAGUGAAGACGCACCUGUGUCCGAAGCUGACCUCAGCUGUGCCCCAAUCAAAAUGAGUGCCCACAUGUCCAUGAUCGAUGCCCUGAUGAUGGCAUAUACUGUGGAAAUGAUCAGCAUUGAGAAAGUAGUUGCAAGUGUCAAGCGUUUCUCUACGUUUAGCGCCUCCAAAGAGCUUCCUUAUGAUUUGGAAGAUGCUAUGGUUUUCUGGAUUAAUAAGGUAAACCUGAAAAUGAGAGAGAUUCUGGAGAAGGAGCAAAGAUUAAAACAGCAGAUAAUUGAGAGCCCCAGUCAUCAAAAGUCUCCUUCAAAAUGGUAUUGGAAGUUAGUACCUGUGCGCUACCGCCGUGAUCACCCAUCAAACCGACACCUUCCAUUUUUUCCAAUACUUGAAGAUUUAUUGAAAGACAUUAGUGAUGGAGCAGCCCUCCUGACUGUCAUACACUUCUACUGCCCUGAGCAGAUGAAACUAGAUGACAUCUGUUUGAAGGAGGUGCCAUCAAUGGCUGACAACCUAUAUAACAUCCAGCUCCUAAAGGAAUUCUCCAGCGAAUACCUAAACAAGUGCUUUUACCUGACCUUGGAAGACAUGUUGUAUUCCCCGCCAGUUCUGAAGCCUAAUUUUAUGGUGUUUAUUGCUGAGCUUUUUUGGUGGUUUGAACACGUAAAGCCUGACUUUGUUCAGCCCAGAGAUACCCAAGAAUCGAAAGAAGCUAAAUUAGUAUUGUCUCACAAGAGCAGUAGACCUCAGAUUCCUAUUUCCAAUGCCACAAAGCGGAGUUUCAUGGCAAGUCCGUCAACUGCCGUAGAGUCUCACAGUGAAACGCGAAGCUACCUGCAGCCAGAGGACCCGGAGAAUGGGAAAGGAAGCACGGCAUUCAGUCCAUCCCAUCCGCUCUUGCCCUUAAGACAGAAGCAGCAGAAGACUGUGCAUUCAGACGACAGUCCUAGUCACAGAGAUUGUGCAAAUUCUUUGACACAAAAUGAAGUGCCACCUCGUUCAUCAGUGGUGGCAUGGGCAGAGAAAAGGCCAAGGCCCCUCUCACAGCCACCAUUUGCUCUUCACUGUGCUGAUGAUGUUGAUGUGACUUCUGGAGACAGUAUUAGCCUUGCUCGAUCUAUCAGCAAGGACAGCCUGGCUUCAAACAUCAUAAAUGCCACUCCUAAACACCAGCUGCCUAAUUCAUCUGCACCGUUCAGUUCAAGGAGUCUUUUAGGACAUGUGGAUAUAGAGGAUGAGGAGGAAGAACUUGUUGCAUAUAUUAGAUCAGGUGACUCAUCCAAUCAUGGAGACCUUGAAUUGCAGAGCAUCUCUUCCCGUGCCUCAAGCCAGCAGGCAACAGCAAGGUCUCCAAGGAGGCCACAACCCGAUGAAGAAAACAUGGGUGGCUUCUUCUUAGAACCUCUAAUGCCCGCAGUCCUUAAAAAGGCAAAAGAAAAACAAAUGGUCCAUAAAAGGGAAGAAUACGGUGAAAGCAAGCCAAAGGGAUUUGUUCAUAGGCGUGAAAAUGAAGGCACUACUCAGUCUUUCCCCCGAAAGAAAAUCACUACUAAUCACACUGCACAUAAUUUGAAUAGAACUUAUACCCCUGUCUGUAGUUCAGAACUCCCUACCACAGAAAGUCCUAGGAUUGAACCUUUACAGGCAUCAAUAGAAAGUGGUACUGGCCCUUUUCGACCUCUUGCCACCAGUAGCAUCGAUCCAUCGGUUGAGCCUAGUAGUGGAUUUUUUCUUCAUGAUUCUAAGUCGGACAUGGGUGAUGAAGAAAAGCUGGCACAACUCUCACUAGAUAUAGUCAAAGAUCCAGAAAGCACAUGGACGUUAUCAAGGCAAGACUCUGACUCAGACAAUCUGGAUCUAGAAGAGGAGUGUGAUCAAGAACUUGUUACUCCUCAUCCGGUAUGCAAAUACAUUGGUGAAGAAGAGUCGGCUAAGCUGCAGGAAGACAUGAAAGUAAAGGAAAAUGAUGACAAAGAUGAUGCCAGUGGACGCUCAAGUCCCUGUUUAAGCACCAUUUCCCAGGUCAGCAGUGUCUCUUUGGCUAGUGGGAGCGUGCGAAUGACUAGUUUUGCAGAGAGAAAGUUUCAAAGACUUAAUAGUUAUGAAACAAAAUCUAGUACGAGCAGUUCACAGAAAACCACCCCUGAUGGUUCUGAAUGCUGUCUUCCCCCACUGACCACCUGGAAGCAGCGCAGGGAGCAGAGUCCUGGUGGACAAAACAAAGACCACACUAAUGUCUUGGCUUCUGAACUUGUACAACUUCACAUGCAACUGGAGGAGAAGAGGCGAGCCAUCGAAGCUCAGAAGAAAAAGAUGGAGUCUUUGUCAGCACGUCAGCGGUUAAAAUUGGGGAAGGCAGCAUUCUUGAAUGUUGUGAAAAAGAGCAAGCAUGAAGGGUCCUCUCAUCCGUUGAGGAUAGAACAUCCACUGAAGGACUUCACCAAGCAAACUGAGGCAGAUAUGGUGACUAUCACCUCUAAAGCUGAACAAGUUCUUGAAAAAGCGGACCUCCCAAGUGAAGUUUCUAAGCAGCCAAAGGUUCAAGAAGUUUUAGAACAGAAGCUGAAAGAGCUUGAUUUGGAUGAAGUUGAAGUGUGUAAUGUGGUAGCCGAUGCCAGUCCCGAUGAUGCCGAUUCUGAGGUCGAUGUGACGGAGUGUAACCUCUCCAUUGAAAAGUUGAACGAGACCAUAAGCACCCUACAGCAGGCAAUACUAAAAAUAUCUCAACAACAAGAACUGCUCAUGAAAGCCCCAGCGUCUGUGCUCCCAGCCCUCAAGACGAAUAGCCAGGACCUCAAAUUAAACCCACCUGUUCACUUUGUAGAGCCUCUAUCUCCACCAGGAACUGGUACAGGAUCUCGUAAAAAUCGGUUUGGUCAGGGUCGAAACCCACGCUCUUCUCGGGCCUCUGAACAUAAAAUGUUUAAAGAAAAAAUGCACAACUCUUCCCGUGUUAUAACCCCAACACAAAGUAUAGAGACGUUGCCUCAUUUAAAAUCAGUUCCAGCUCUAAAAUCUCCCAUCAAUCCUACAGGCGAUGUAUCGGAUAAAAGUGCAGAACAAAGCGAAGGGCACCCCGAUAAUCCUACAGGUGCCUUCCGACUACAUGAGGAAAACAACCAGAGGACAUUUGUUCUCUCCACCUCCAAAGAUGCCAAUAUUCUAUCAGACCAGGCAUAUAAGGAUGUUGUCAACAGUUCACGAGCGGCUUGUGUGGGCUCCUCAGAAAGUUCUGGCAAAGAGAACGUUCCUGUGGAUGAGCGGCUCAAGAACAAGUCUAGUCUGAUAGAGGUUGAUCUUUCUGAGCUUAUAGAUCCUGAUGAAGAGGUAGGGACAGAUAAUCCAGAGAACUCAACAGAUGCUAUUGGCGAAGAUCAGAAAUCUGGAGUUGGAUUUUUCUUCAAAGAUGACCAGAAAGCAGAGGAUGAGCUGGCCAAGAGGCGAGCUGCAUUUCUGUUGAAGCAACAGAGGAAGGCAGAAGAGGCUCGUCUCAGGAAACUGCAGCUGGAGGCCGAAGUUGAACUAAAAAGAGAUGAAGCCCGGCGAAAAGCUGAGGAAGAUCGGAUACGAAAGGAUGAGGAGAAGGCCAGAAGGGAACUCAUCAAACAGGAGUAUCUACGACGGAAACAACAACAAAUAUUGGAGGAGCAAGGGCUAGGACGGCCUAAAACCAAACCCAAACCCAAAAAGUCUCGUCCAAAAUCUGUCCAUCGAGAAGAAUCAUACAGCGACUCAGGAACCAAAUAUUCCUCUACACCUGACAACUUGAGCAGUGCGCAGUCGGGGUCUAGUCUGUCAUUGGCAUCUGGAGCAACUACAGAGGCAGAAAGUGUCCACUCUGGCGGAACACCGUCACACAGAGUGGAUUCUGUUGAAACCUUGUCAUUGGGAAGCAGACACCAGAGCAGAACCGCAGAACGAGAUUGGGAGAAUGCAUCCACCGCAUCAUCUAUAGCAUCAGUGGCGGAAUAUUCAGGUCCAAAACUUUAUAAGGAGCCGAGCAGCAAGUCAAAUAAACCAAUAAUUCACAAUGCUAUAGCUCAUUGCUGUCUGGCUGGGAAGGUAAAUGAAGCAUUGAAGAAUCAAACUUUGGAUGAGCUAGAAAAGUGCGACGCCAACCACUUCAUCAUCCUGUUCCGAGAUGCUGGAUGCCAGUUUCGAUCACUUUAUUCUUAUUUUCCUGACUCCGAGGAAAUCUGCAAGCUGACUGGAACAGGCCCAAAGAGCAUCAGCAAGAAAAUGAUCGACAAACUGUACAAGUACAGCUCAGACAGGAAGCAAUUUACUGUCAUCCCCGCCAAAACCAUGUCAGUGAGCGUCGAUGCACUGACUAUUCAUAACCACUUGUGGCAAGCCAAGCGACCUGCGCUGCAAAAGAAGACAAAUCCCCUGUACAAGUGAAGCUUCGCUGACGAGGUAACGGAUCACUUUGGCUUUAGAGACCAUGUUUAUGCCUUCAGCGGAUACAAAUUCUGCAGCACUUUGAAUGUUUUUUUUUUUUUUUUCCACCAAAUGGAAUUUUAACAUGAAGAUUUUACACGUUAAAAAAAAUACUGUUCCUGUUGUACAUUCAUGUACAUCCUGGUUCAAAGUUCACCUUCCCUGAAGCAAAUUGACCUAAAGAAGAUGCAUUUUUCAUACUUCUUUGCCAACUGUGUUCUGCUGUAAUAUUGUAAUGGUUUUUUCCCUCUUCAUGGAAUUUAAAGGAGCACGUCUCAAAUCCCGGACAAGCAUUUUCCUAAUUUUAAAAGGGUAUCUAUCUGUGAGGAUGGUCUGUACCACCCAAGCUGAGGCUCCCAGACAGCCCUGGAGGCUGUCAUCGACUGACCCCUCAGAAGUGGUGCUAGUUCUGAGACACAGCACACCGCUGCAGCUUUACACACACUGCCAGGCAGUGAAAGUUCCCAGUGCUGGAUAGAAACCUCCACUGUGUCUGGUCCCUGAGCAUCCUGAUAUAUAUAUGUUCCAUUUCACUUAUACAGCAACGGUUCUCAAUAGCUACUGACAGCUCGACAACAUGGUUUCCUUUCUGAUUAUGCUAGCCUAUGUCUGAAGAAUACCAGAACUCAAAAUCAAAGUGUCUGCAAGUAAGUAUCACCUGCUGCCCUAUUCGCUGCUGAUUUUGGAUCGAUAAGAGUGACUGACCUGUAGAAAUUAUAUACAGUGGCCCGUCAACACAUACAAUGAAUAACUUUGACGGAUUUUAUGCUUGAAAAUUCAUGAUUUGAACUAAAUACAACAUUUUUUUUUCAAAGUGUUUUUUUUUUCUUUUAUCUAGUGGUACGGCAGAUUUUUUUUUUUCUUCCUUCCCUCAAGGAAUAUUUUCUCUGACUUAUUUAUCCCUGAAAAUGUAUGGUAUAGAAAGUAGGUAUAUUCCACACUGAGCACUACGAUAUCAUGGUGCACUUAAAGAUCAACACAGUCCUCUUUAAUGGUUUUAUGAUGUGUUCAAAUUGAAAUAAUCUUAAUAUUUGUUGCUGUGUACUCUGCAAAAAGCACACUUCAGAGAAGCUUGUGUGCUUAUGUUGAAAAUUUAUAUUAUAUAAUUUACAUUUUUUUGUUUUCUGAGGUGGGUUAUUUAUUGUUUGAAGGAAAUAUUUUUCUUUGCUUUCUUCAAAAAAAAAAACUUUGCAUUCAAGAAAACCAAGUUGUUUUUUCAUAAUCUGAAGGAUUGUUUGACCUGCUUACAAUCGGGGGCCAUUUGUUACAGCUUUCAGCUUUAAAAAGAAACCCUGAAAACACUAAACGCUAUUUUUAUUUUGAGAUGGAAUGCACUUUGGACUUUUGUUUCUGUUCCCCUCCCUGUACGACUUCACUAAACGUAAUGUGAAUUUAUGUUACAGUUUAAAUUAAACAUGGCACAUAAAAUAUUUAAAUAAUAUAUUUUUGAGAGUAUUAUUAUUUUUAUUUUAUUUUAUUUUUUUUGCACAAGUUUUACGUUUUGAAGUAUUACUUGAAUUUAUAGGUUGGUACUGAAGGUGUUACGUACUUUAAAGCAGGUUUAGGUGACUUGUAAUGUGCUAGCUGUAGUGGAACUACAAGUGACGGCAUGCCACGACCAGCUUUGAGAAGUUUGAGGCAGCCUUGAAAGCUCUCUGGCACGCCUUCUGUUGUCUGAUCUUGGCAUGCUAGUUUAUGCUGUAACUUGUAGUUCUGCACUGCAUGCCUUUUUUAGUCUGACGCAAGAUAAUUUUUUUUUUUUUUUAAUUAUUAUUAUUCUGUUUGUCCAGAGGUAGAGGAGGUUCAAUCUUCAUUGACCAGUUUCAGAAGUCUGUUUAAAUGCCCAUAAUGCCCUUCCACGCUUUUCUCUUCUUGCUGCAGUUUUGUAUAUACUUGUUGUUGAUGUCUAUGUAUAUAAUCAAAAGCUUUAUAAGUCUACAGUGCUGAAUCAUUUGUUACCAUGCUGUCCCCAUGCCUGUGUUCCCCUCUCCUCACCAUGGUUUAUUUAUUUUAUGAAAGCACUGAAAUUAAAUAAAAUUAAAUACUGUGUAUAUAUA